AUGAAACAGAUUUACACUGAUAAUUCAAUACUUCCUCCUGACUACCCAAUGGUCGUCACAGAUCAACCAACGUCAAAAGUAACAUUCAGUGAUAUACCAGUAACUUUACGUUGUCCGUCAUGUGGACUAAAUACUUUAACUACUUUGGAGUACAAAAAUGGUUUAUUAACUUACUUAGCUUGUGGUGGUAUAUGCCUAAUUGGUGGAGUUUUAGGUUGUUGCCUUAUACCAUGUUGCAUGGACAGUUGUAAAGAUGUGAACCAUAUAUGUCCACAUUGUCGACGUGCCGUGGGAACCUACCACAGAUUGGGAAACUGA